CGAGCCGUGGUGUGGUGUGGUGCUCGAGUCAGUCGGCAUCGAGGAGCCGUCCUGACAGCACGCAGCAGCAGCAGCAAGCACACCCGCACGCACGCACGCACCGCGGACCGCGUGAGAGCCCUCCUGCAAUCCCCUGCAAGCAGAGCCAUCAGCCUCCGGCGCGCCAGGCCCGCCGCCGCGGGGUCCUUGAACUUCUCCGCCGCUGCUCCAGUGAGGUCCUUGAACUUCGCCGCCGCCGCUAGCUGCGCCCGCCGCCGCGCCCCCCGGUCCGUGUCGUCGUGUGGCUCAGCAGCGAUACUCGCGAACUCCUACAGGGAAGUCUUCAGGCACUACUUCUACUGCAUCCACGAGGUACUUCUGUUACACAAUGCCAAUCAAGAAGAUUUGUUGCAUUGGUGCUGGUUAUGUUGGUGGUCCAACAUGCAGUGUAAUUGCCCUGAAAUGUCCAGACAUUACGGUCACUGUAGUGGAUCUAAGUCAACAGCGCAUUGAUCAAUGGAACUCUGAUAAACUGCCAAUUUAUGAGCCUGGUCUGGAUGAUGUGGUCAGACAAUGCAGAGGUGUCAAUCUGUUUUUCUCUACCGACAUCAAUACUGCCAUCAGAGAAGCUGAUCUCAUUUUCAUUUCUGUCAAUACCCCUACUAAAACAUUUGGCAACGGAAAGGGAAGAGCUGCUGAUUUAAAGUAUGUAGAAGGGGCAGCCCGAAUGAUUGCAGAGGUAGCAGACUCAAGCAAAAUUGUUGUUGAGAAAAGCACUGUACCUGUGAGGGCAGCUGAGAGCAUCAGUAACAUUUUGACUGCAAACACUUUUAAUAAACCUAAUGUGAAAUUCCAGAUUUUAUCAAAUCCUGAGUUUUUGGCUGAAGGAACAGCUAUAAACGAUCUCCUAUUUGCUGAUCGGGUCCUCAUAGGUGGAGAAGAUAGUGAAGAAGGUCAAGCAGCUAUUGAAGAACUAUGCCAAGUUUAUGAAAGAUGGCUUCCCCGCAAAAACAUUUUAACCACAAAUACAUGGUCUUCAGAAUUGUCAAAGCUGGCAGCAAAUGCAUUUCUUGCUUCACGUAUUUCAAGCAUAAACUCCCUAUCAGCAGUGUGUGAGGCCACAGGAGCUGAUGUGUCAGAGGUUGCACGUGCAGUUGGUCUAGACAGUCGUAUUGGUCCCAAGUUCUUACAGGCAUCAAUAGGAUUUGGUGGAAGCUGCUUCCAGAAGGACAUUUUGAAUCUAGUUUACAUUUGUGAAGGUUUAAAUUUACCUGAGGUUGCUACAUAUUGGCAACAGGUCAUUGACAUGAAUGAGUACCAAAAAUCCAGAUUUUCUGCAAAAGUGAUUGAAUCUCUCUUUAAUACUGUGACAGAUAAGAGAAUCACUCUGUUAGGGUUUGCAUUUAAGAAAGAUACUGGGGAUACAAGAGAGUCACCUGCCAUUCAUGUGGCAAAAACACUUUUGGAUGAAGGCGCCCAACUUAGCAUUUAUGACCCAAAGGUAGAGCACAGUCAAAUACUGGAUGAUUUGACACAUCCUUAUGUGACUGAUGAACCAGAACAGGUGAAGAAAUCUAUAACAAUCCAUUCCGAUCCAUAUGAAGCAACUGCUGGUACACAUGCUAUUGUAAUUUGCACAGAAUGGGAUGAGUUUAUUAGCUAUGAUUAUGAACGCAUUUAUGAGGGCAUGAUGAAGCCUGCCUAUGUAUUUGAUGGAAGAAAAAUUCUAGAUCAUAAAAAUCUGCAGAAAAUAGGAUUCAUUGUUCAAACAAUUGGUAAACGCCUUGUCCGUAAUAGUCCCAAUAGAGUUUGGGGUAGUAAAGUCCAAGCAUGAUCUACAACAUAUUGAUGGAAAAGUUUUCAUGGAAGAUAAACAUGCUGUGCCGCUUUGCAUAAGUAAUUCUGUUUAGACUAUCUGACUCAACAAAACAGUUUCAUUACACUUUUGUCUCAGUGAAUUACCUACAUCGAUAGGUAACUUGGAAAAAUUCCUUGAAAUCUUACUGUAGAUUUCACAAUUUGCUCAGUUAAAAGAUAAGAGGUACAGGGAUGCUAACAUUUAAUUUUUUUCCUAGUAAUGAUAGAGUAAUGAAAUUAUUUUAGGCACAUUUUUCUCUUUUAAUGUGGCAAGAGCUUGAAAGUGAUUGAUAACAUAUUCAUAUCUUUCUUCCUUUUUCUUCACUGCAUUUUUCAGGAAAUUUGAUUUUUUUCACUUGAGGAAUUGUUGCUUAUUCCUUUGUUGUUGUUUUUUAGUUCUCCCCUUUUUUUCUAUUCCAUAAAAUGCCUUUGAACAACCCUUUUCCUUAUCUUUGAGCUGUAACAAAUGUACUACAGAAUUAUAGAUAUUGUUUUAGUUAAGUAUGGUAAGACUUUCCUCCACUACUAUAGACAAAUUACAGUGCAUGAAAAAAGGAACAUCUUAUAUGCCUUAUCAUCUUUCAUUAUUUCUUUUGAAUGGUUUGUGAGUUAUGAUUUUUAUCUGCUUGAUAAUUACAGAAGAUUAGUUGACUGAAUGGGCCCCAGCCUUCACACUAUCUCAUGUUGUGUGACCUUAUGGCAUUUGACCUAUUUGGUGACCCGUACUUAUAAUUACAGGCUGCAGUGAGUCAUUAAGAUUAAGACCUCUUGACCCCAUUAACAAGUGAGUCGAAUAAUUUUGUUUCAUUGAUGAAACUAUGCCUUCUGAGAUAGGAGUAAAAAAGAUGUCAAAGACCAACAAUUAUUUUAUUGUAAUUUCCUUUCUUUUUAUCAAUUUGACAAGUUCUUUUUUAAAAAAAAUCAUUUUUAUUACCCAAUAAAGGGUAUUUGUAGCUCAUAUCACAUGUAGUAUCAUUGUCUUAUGUAAAAUUUUGACCAACAAUUUUGAACAAUUAAUUCAUUUACCUUUUAAAAUUAGGGGGAGAAGGAUCUGACAAUGCUAUCUUAUUCUAUGCUUCAUAUUACAUGUGAAUGUCAAACAUUUUUAUGUAUGUUGAUUCUAAAUUGCAUGUUUAUUGUAAUUGGGACGGGAUUGUACUGUGAUUUUUGAGAUUGCGUUUGUUUUAUGCCCACUGUCCUAAUACCUAUUUAUUGUAUCUCAUUGUUUUCCCUACCAAAUAAGUAUUAUGCUAUGUUCUGUUAAAUGUCAAUUUAUGAAAUAUGCUUUUGUAUUAUUUAUUUAUUUUGAGGAAAACUUGUUUCCAGAAGACUAUUCUUCCUGUUAUGUACUCUAAAGUUUAAACUAAGAUUACAAGUCACAUUGUUCUUAACUAUAUCACCAGAUCAUUUUUUAAGGUGCUAAUCUUUUCACUCAUGUAACUUUGGUCAUUAAGAGAAUUUGAACGCGCACA